CGUGAACGUGCGUGGAUCAUUCUGUAUGACUUGGAAUUCAGAAGAUUACGAGAUUUCAACCGUGAAUUAUCUGCAUUUAGACCUCAACAAGGGGACCUAGAGAUGAAUAACCAAUUUGACAUGUUGAAAGAUGACGACAGCGGUGAAGACCGUGAAGACGUGAAUGUGGAGCAGCCAGUAAGCAAAGAUGCCAUCGAUGAUCCACACCAAAUAGUAUGGCCCAAAGUGAAAUGCAAACAGGGUGAACAUCAGCUUCAGUAUUCCUAUUGCCUCUGGUUUUCAAGACGUACGCCAGGAAACAAGGCUUCAUCUUCAAACUACGAACAGAACAUCAAAAUAAUGGGUGCAUUCGCUUCAGUAGAACAAUUUUGGACAUUAUACAGCCAUAUAGCGAGGCCAUGUGACCUGACAAGUAGUAGUGACUAUCAUCUAUUCAAACACGGCAUCAAACCGAUGUGGGAGGAUGAAGCAAAUAAGAAAGGCGGAAAGUGGAUUGUCCGGCUACGGAAAGGUCUUGCUUCACGUUUGUGGGAAAACCUUGUACUUGCCAUGCUUGGGGAACAAUUCAUGGUCGGAGAGGAGAUAUGCGGUGCAGUUGUUUCUGUUAGAUUUGCUGAGGACAUUAUCUCUAUAUGGAAUCGCACUGCCAGCGAUAAUGCUAUCAAUAUUAGAGUACGCGACACAUUACAAAGAGUAUUAAAUCUUCCACCUAACACCAUAAUGGAAUACAAGACACACACAGAUAGUUUAAAGGAUAGAUCUAGUUUUAGGAAUACUGAUGUCUUCAUGAGGUAAGGGCUACUCAUACCACUCGCCCUAUUAUGUCUUCUUCAACAUGGACUGAUUUAGAACAUUCAUGUACAGUAGCUGAUAUUUUCUUUUCGUGGAGCCAUUAGGAUGCCAAAAACAAUCGAUGGCCAGCUAGGAAUUUUCCAUGGAGGUGGGAGAUUAGGCUGUUUAAUACCAGAGUGUACAAUCUAUGCUACAGUGACUGAUACUUCUGCAAAGAGAGAUCAGUACGCGUACUGAUGAUUACCAGCGACUGAUUAGGCACCACUUGCUUUUAACAACAAGUGAUUACAUAACAGUAUCUGUGAUGAAGAUCGUUGAGACGAUGAUUGGAUAACUCUGCGACAAUUGAUCUUGCGAUGGUUGCUGUGGUGAUGAGUACUAAGGCAACAAUGAUUGUGUCACCAGGAUUUGCUCCAACGACGUUAUUUCUGACAACGAUUGUUGCCUGAUAAUUGUGGAAAUUAUCAUUCGGCAUUGAUUGGCCCUGAGAAGAUUGCUUCAGCGACCACUGUUCUGGUGAUGAUCGUUGAGAUGGUUAAGAUUGUUAUAGCAAUGCUUCUCUUCAGAACAUGGAUCAAUGAGACACAUUCUAAACAUGAAACGCUCCGACAGUACUGUCACCUGUACAACCCCUGAAUGUUUUACAGAUUUAGUAGUCAAAACGCUGUUCAUGAUGAUUGAUUUUCAUCUUGAGAAUGUUUUACAAAGAAUUAUGACUUUAUCCAUUGCCUACUGCUAAAGCUAAAGCCGGGGGUAAUAAUAAUAAACAAUGCGCCUCGGAAUAGCUUUUUUCUAGAUAGCUGGCGCUAUGUUAAUGCCUAGUAUCUCUAUUACUGGAACAGGGUGACUCCUAUACAAAUUCUAUUGGGAAAUAAAGAAUUAGAUGGGUCAAAAAUGACACUUUGGUCAGAUCAUUUUAAGAGGAUACCCUCAACCAUAUAAUCUUUAAUGAGAUUACACAUUGAAUAUGUUUGGUGUGUUAGCACUUCAGCAUGACUUACAUGUAAGUGCCAACUUACCCCUUUUUCUGGCAUCAAAAACAUAAAACAGCACCACUCCAUGUGGUUAUUGUAUUUGUACAUUGCACAAUAUUUGUGAUACUUUUUUGAUUGGCAUUUGUAUGAGAAUUGGAACAGGUGGGGACAAUAGAAUGCAAUAGGUUUCAUAAUUCUCUCUUCUGGACUCCCAAAAUAGUUGAGAAUAGAGUUGUGACUUGAUCCAAAUUAAAAUCUUUGCAUUAAAAAACUCUUGCGACAAAACCUUGUCCUUUACAUGUAAAACUCUGCAAAUAUAGUGUACCCGUGCAAGUUUGGGUAUUGAUAUCUCCACUUUUGCUAUAUGAUCAUGCUUGAUUUUAGCCUUGUUUGAAUCCUGUGAUUUUUCUCUGAAGGUAUAAAAAUCUGUUUGCAUUAUCAUAGAAUCUGGCUUUAAAGUGCAGGAAUCCAUGAGUAAGCUCUAUUGACCAAAUGCAUUUUUUAUAUUGGCCUGUCCCUGUGGCCUGUAUUCUGAACCCGAAGUCUAGGCUUAAAUCAUGGGAAAUUGUAUGUGUCAAACCAUUUAAACCUCUUGAAUUACCAAUUGUGUUUGGUAUACAUUAUUAACACAUUGGGUGAUUUCAAGUUCAGUGUUGACCUUUUGGUGUUGGUGUUAGGUCAAUUUUUACACGAUUAUAACACCAAACAUAAAAUGAAGAAGGUCCUGAAAAGUCACUCGCUAGUUUUUGAGAUGUCAAUAAUGUGAUCUGUAUCAGCUUUACAAACUCUGAGUAAGUUUUGGAGCUAGGGGAAGCAAUCCAAUUUUCAACACCAACACCGGACUUGAAAUCUCCCAAUGAUCAAAUCAUGCACAGGUGAUGUGCGCUACUGUGCAACCAUCAAUGAGAUUACACAUUAUAUUAUGUGUGUGUUGGCACCCGAGCAUGACAUUACAUCAUACUUUGUAAAACACCACCUUGUUUUUUGAAGGCUAUAUCCGUAUUAUAUCACCAUUUCUAUCUCCAAACUAGAACUUCAACUCAAUACCACUCCAUGACAUAUAUUUAUGUUCUUUUGAAACAUUUUAUUUCCAAGUUUAUAUGCAUUUCUAAGUUUAUAUGCAUUAACAAUUGCUAAUAUCUUUGUAGAACUUGCAAGUGUAUAAAAUGUAUAUAAACAUGAGAGACUGUAACAAUAUUGUAAAUUGUUUAACCUUAACAGUAUGUUUGUUUAAGAAAUACAGACUGCAUAAUCCCAA